AUGCCAGCGUUGCCUCUGGAUGAACUCCAGCUGACAGAAAGGGAUCCCAAGACAGGGAAGCUGAGAACUUUACCGGCACUGCGCCCAGAAAUAAAAGCAGAUCGGUCUUUUGUGCUAUACAGACCGCCACCUGUUGUCAGAGACCCUGCUUUAGUGGAAGAAUUCUUGGAGCGAGCCAAAUUCAUUGCAGAUGAUCUGAACUGGCUUCUGGCUUUGCCUCAUGACAGAUUUUGGUGCCAGGUAAUAUUUGAUGAGACACUUCAGAAAUGUUUGGAUUCCUACCUGUGCAAUGCCCCUCGCAAGUUCGAUGCGUUGUUAGAUUGUCAUCCAGAGGUGAACGACAUGCAGAAACGCCUUCAUCGGAGCGUCUUCCUGACUUUCCUCAGAAUGUCCACUCACAAGGAGUCCAAGGAUCAUUUUAUCACUCCCUCUGUCUUUGGAGAAAUUAUUUACAAUAACUUCCUGUUCGACAUCCCCAAGAUUCUGGAUCUCUGUGUGCUUUUUGGAAAAGGAAACGGUCUCCUGCUCCAGAAGAUGAUCGAAAAUAUCUUCACUCAGCAACCGAGUUACUUCAGUGACCUAGACGAAACUCUGCCCACUGUCCUCCAGGUGUUCAACAAUAUUUUGCAUAAAUGUGGCUUGCAGUGUGAAGGAGCCGGCUGCCAGUGUUAAGGAGCCUCUGCUGAACCCCAGAAACUGGAAGAAAGAGUAAACGUGACUCCGGGGAACAUGCCCCUCCAGGAGCUGAAGGAUAUUGUGCUGUACUUAUGCGACACUUGCACAACAAUCUGGGCGUUUCUUGAUGUCUUCCCAUUGGCUUGCCAGACCUUCCAAAAACAUGAGUUUUGCUACAGAUUAGCUUCAUUUUAUGAAUUGGCAAUUCCUGAGCUGGAAUCUGCAAUUAAGAAGAGGCAUUAUGAGGAUAACAGUGUUUUUGCUGAUCUGUGGAGGAGAAUUUCACAUUCCAGGAAGAAGAUGAUAGAAGCUUUCCACAUCCUAAUAAACCAAGUCUGUCUGCAGCCCAUCUUAGAAAGCAGCUGUGAGAACAUUCAGCCUUUUAUUGAAGAAUUUCUACAGAUCUUCACGUCGGUGCUUCAGGAAAGGAGAUUUCUCCGUGACUAUGAUGAGCUGUUUCCUGUUGAGGAUGAUGUCAGUCUGCUUCAGCAAGCAUCCUCCACGCUAGACGAGACCAGGACAGCCUAUAUCCUCCAAGCAGUGGAAAGUGCGUGGGAAGGGGUAGACAGGAAAAAACCACAAGUCGUUACAGAUCCAACACCACCACCGGCAGCAUCUAAUGGAGCGUCAGCAAUAGUGGAGAGCGCUGCUGAGGAGGUGGAAGAGCUCAGGGCUGCUUAUGCGUCAGAGGAUGAGUGUGCCGGCGCAGCUGCUGCGCCCAUUGCCAAGGUGUCAGGGGUGGAGCUGGACUCUCUGAUCUCGCAAGUGAAAGACCUGCUGCCAGACCUUGGGGAGGGCUUCAUCCUGGCCUGCCUGGAAGAGUACAGUUACAACGCCGAGCAAGUGAUCAACAACAUUCUGGAAGAUAAGCUGGUGCCAAACUUGGAUAAGCUGGCCCGAACAAUGCCAAGGCAGCUGAAGCCAGACCCUACUCCUCUAGUCACUUCUCGCUAUAAUGUUUUCCAGAAUGAUGAGUUUGACGUUUUCAGUAGGGAUUCAGUGGAUGUUUCUCGGAUACAAAAAGGCAAGCGGACGAGAGAGAAGGACACGACCAGGAGCUUGCUGAAUGACAAACGCCUGGUUGCUGAGCAGAAGGAGCGCUACAGCCAGUACAGCGUGAUUGUGGAGGAGAUUCCUGUGCAGCAAGGAGAAGCUCAGCUCUACAAGGAGGACUAUGAGGACGAGUACGAUGACACUUACGAUGGAAACCAAGUGGGGGCGAAUGAUGCUGACUCGGACGAUGAGCUGAUCAGUCGGAGGCCCUUCACAAUUCCUCAAGUCCUGAGACCUAAAGGACAGGAGGAAGGACAGGAGGAAGAGGAAGAAGAUGAAGAGGAGGAGGAGGAAGAAGCUGAAAAGGAAAGAGACCAUUUUGUGCAGGACCCAGCUGUGCUGCGGGAGAGAGCUGAAGCCAGGCGCCUGGCUUACCUUGCGAGGAAGGGGCACAAGCAUGACAGCUCUGCCGUUGUCGGGAACGUGAAGGGCCAUGGGCAGAACCGGGAAACGGUGCAGGAACGACGGAAGAAGGAAGCAAACAAAAGCACAAGAGCUAACCAUAACCGACGAGUCAUGGCUGACAGAAAGCGGAAUAAAGGCAUGAUUCCUUCCUGA